AUGAUUUCGUUGCUCUCUUUGGCCUUGGUUCUUAUUCUAUUUGAACCUCUGGCCACAUAUCUCUGGGACUCCAAAAACCUCCGCCGAUUCCCAAACGCGACCACCUUGUCCGGCGUCUCAAACCUGAGCUACAUCCUCCAGCGCUGGCGCGGAUUCCGCUCAAAGGAGAUUCAUGCGGCCCACGAGCGACACCCUAUUCUGCGAGUCGGCCCCAACUCGGUUUCGUUUUCCUCGCCUGACGCCAUCCGGGCCAUAUACGGGCACUCGACUGCAUGUAUCAAGGGCGGCACGUACUCUACGGCAGCGGGUGGGCACCCCAGCUUACUCGACGUGGUGCACAAGGGCGAACACGCUCGCAAGCGCCGCAUCUUGUCUCACGCCUUCGCAACGCGGAACCUCGAACAGUGGGAGUUCAAGGUCACGGAUAAGGUGCAGAGGCUGGUGGGCCAGUUCGACCGAAUUUGCCGCGAGGCAACUGCGGGAGACGGAUGUGUCCCACCAACCAUUGAUUACCGCAGGUGGACAAAUCUCUUCACUGUUGAGGCUAUCACCGACAUCGCCUUGAGUCAACAUCUGGGUUGCCUUGAACGGGGCAAUGAUCUUGUCGCCAUCCAAACACACAACGGCGGAGAAAAGACAGUCGGCUACAUCGACUGCCUCCACGCCGGGAAGAGAGCAACAUCGGUGCUGAUCUGGUCAACGACUUGGUUUCAGUUCUCGCGGUCCGUCCUGAGGAAACUCCCAGGAUACUUCCGCUCGCAGUGGGAGAAAGGACAAGAUUUUGAUGAGUUAAUUCAGCACCUUGUCCGACAGCGUAUCAAACGGUACAAGGACGGAGAAGAGUUGGAUGACUUGGUUGGAUGUCUUCUCGAAGACAAGGUGGGCACGGCACGAAAUUUGGAGAUUGGCGAAACGGAGGCGGAAGUGAGUACAUUAUUGGAUGCAGGAUCGGAUACGACUGCCAUAGCGCUAGCUCAUGUCAUGUACUGCCUCCUCAAAACUCCCACCGCGCUAGCUCGACUUCGUGAGGAGUUGGAUUCAGCGUUGCAUGACGAUGGGGACAUCGCGACGUAUGCCAGCGUGAAGAACCUGCCAUAUCUUCACGCGUGCCUCGACGAGUCGAUGCGAUUGUUCCCGCCAGUGUCUUUCGGCUUGAACCGCUUGACCCCGCCGGAUGGUCUCAUGAUUGAUGGCCAUUGGAUCCCCGGAAACACAAUCGUGGCGGUUCCAGCAUAUACAGCUCACAGGAAUCCACGCUUGUUCCCGGAGCCUGAAAGAUACGAGCCGGAGAGAUGGCUCAAGGAUGGCAACAAGGAAGCGCAAGCAUCAUAUAUUCCUUUCAGUGCUGGUGCACGGGGAUGCAUUGGACGCAACAUCAGCUACAUCGAGCAAACCGUGCUCACAGCAACUCUUCUACGCCGCUAUGACUUUAGUCUUCCAUAUCCAGAGUGGGAAUUGGGGCACGAAGAGGCGUUCAAUCUUUGGCCAGGUCCACUGCCACUGACGAUCAAACGAAGGGAGGCCACUGCCUAAGUGCUGGAUAUGGAAGGAAAGGUCCAUAGAUAUGAACGUAGAAUCUAAAUAGGAAUGGAAGAUCAC